UUGGAGCGGUUGCCUACGAUUUUAACCUUCUGGUCAAUUUACUCAGCGGGCACUGUAGUCCUGAACCCUGAUGAUUGUUACCUGAAACGGUAAAGUGAACUCCCAGGGGAGUUUUUCGAUUGCAGGCCUCAUUUUUCCUAAUCGCGUCUGAUCUCAAUUCUCUUUCCUGACUCGCUUUCCCCCCUCUACCAUAUCUUCAAGGAAAGGGACUCAAGAUGGGCUCCAACGACAUCCCCCCCUCCCACGUACCCUCUUACUUCAUCCCCGUCUCUAAUGCCCUCCUACAAACCGGCGGCGCCUUGUGGACACUCUGCUACAUCCUGCUCGCCCACCGUUCCUUCCUUGACCGCUCCUACGGCAUGCCAUUAUUUGCCCUGUCCUUCAACUUCGCAUGGGAGCUCGUCUACGCACUUUUGAUCGCCGAAACACCUCUAGAACGCAUCGUAUUCGCGAUCUGGUUAAUCUUAGAUCUUGGCAUGGUUUGUGGUAUUUUGAUGUAUGGGAAGGAGGAGUGGGACCAUGCUCCACUUGUGAAGAGGAAUUUGGGGAAGCUGUUUGCCGUGGGAGUGGUUUGGUGUGUGGUGGCCCAUUGGGCGUUUGCGAGCUGGUGGGUUGAGAAUGAAGUGGGCAAGAGGGAGGGGAAGUUUUAUCGGGGGGUUGUGGGGGCUGACACUACGGAGUUGGGGUUUUGGAGUGCUACUGUGGCACAGACGAAUUUGAGUGUUGCGAGCUUGGCGCAGUUGUUGAUUAGGCAGCAUACUGGCGGUGUGAGUUGGGGAGUUUGGGCUUCGAGGACUUUGGGAUCGGUGAUUGGGUUGUAUAUAAACUAUGGGUGGAUGUGGUAUCACUGGAGAGAGGCUUAUGAGUACUUCAUGAACCCGUUUGCUGUUGUACUGUGGGUUACAGCUUUAAUCUGUGACUUGAUCUACCCCUUUGUGUUUGCACAAAUCAGGAAAUCGGAGAGAAUAUUGCUAGAUGGAAGAAAAGUGGCUGGUGAUAGCGUCAAUUCUGGCAAGAAGAGAGUUUCAUUUGACAAAGUAAAGUAGGGGCAAAGAGCUUCAGAGCUUGAUGUAGCCACCUUUUGUAAUUCUCCGAGCAUCUUGCUCAUAUUGUAGCCCCCGACAGCUCAUGCGGCUGUAUGCGCUGCCAUCCUCUAAGCUAGAUGACCUCCCUAUGUACGCCUAACGCCAUCCUAAAUAUCUCAUCCAUCUAACCCUCCUCCGGAUAUAACGCAUCAAGGUCCGGGUACUCGACAUAAAACAACUCCUUCGCCUCUUUGUCCUCGUC